CGAAAAAUUCAUAUGGACUACACUAAUGCCGGAUCCAGAGGAAGGCUGGACCGGGGCCCGGGGUGGCCACCCCCUAAAUCCGCCACUGGUCUUCGUCCAACAUUUGUUUUAAGGAAAUAUCCAAUAUACCUUUUUCAACUGUAAGGAAAUAGAAACUGCUUAUCCCUAAAAUUUAAUCUCAUACCAUAUUAAUUAAUUAAAAUAGAUUUAAUUAUUUAUAAGAUCAACUCAACAUUAAUGCAGAUUUGGUAGGUAAGGGUACCAAGCCGGCAAGACAGACUUGGUAGCAAUAUAUGAAAUUUGGCUAAAUCUUAAGUCUGAGGGCUAGAAAGUCAUACAGAAACUAAGUUUGGAUACCAAGUUGGCAUGACGGGCUGGGUAGCCAAGAAAUAGAUUACCAAACCAGCAAGACAAAUUUGGUAUCAAGUUACAAAGCAGACAAGAGGGAUGACAAAAGGUCGGGUCAAAGGCGAAUAGUGCAUAUUCGUUAUCCUACGGAAAAUAGUUCAGGUUUUAGCCAUAAUCAUACCCACAUAAUUAAUAACCGGGCAGCAAAUCAAAAUCAUGUCCAUACCCUUUCGGAUUUUGGGUAUCCAUGGUUAUACAUGAGUAAUAAUUUCUCUUUAUAACUAUAACCAACACGUUAACAUUCACACGUAUACUCACAAUAUAUAAGUUAAGUACGACAAUAAUUUACUAGAUUGAAGAAAAUUAAUUUCAAAGAAUAGAUGAAAAUAUUACAUUUUUAUGCUAAAUAUAAAAUAUGUUGAGAAAAAUAGUGAUUAUUUAUAGACAAAAUACAUAUACAUGUGUAUAAUAGGGCGGGUUCGAGUUGGAUAGUGAGAAAACCAUGUCCACCCAUUACCCGCAAUAUUCAGGUUCGUGUUUUAGCCAUACCCACUGAAAAUCGUUCAGAUUCGGGUUUUACCCUAAAUGAAUAGGUCGGAGUCGGGCAGAUAUCCACGGUUUCAGAUAUCUUUGCCAUCCUUAGACAAGACGUGCAUGAUGGCAAGUUGGCAGGGUACGUACCAAGCGAUCGAGCAGGUGACCAAGUGUCAAGUUGAUUAGACGUGCAUGAUGCAAGUUGGCAGAGGGUACCAAGCGAGCAGGUGACAAGGUGUCAAGUUGAUAACACGUGCUUGGUGGCUAGCUCAUCAGAUAGGAUGCAUAUGAAGACUAACUAAGUUGGCAAGACAGGCUUGACAACAAGUAGAGAUGGCAAUGGCCGGAUCGAGUUGGGUCGAGUUCUGGCAAAUCCAAAUCCAACGUAGCAGAUAUAUCCGCAAAAAAGAUAUGUAACCUCAAACCCAACUCAGUCCACUAGUAAUCCGUGGGUUCAUAAAUACCCCUAACUUCCAAUAGACCGAAGAGUGAAAAUUCAUAACCCAACAAAGAAAUGAAUACGGUUCACAAUCCUAACAUAAAGUUGGACAAUGUUAAACAACAAUUAUACAUGAAUAUGGUCCACAAGACCACAACACUAGUUAGAUAGUCCAACGGAGUGAUCCACCGGGUUCUGGAUCAGGUGAGUAACCUUAUGAUGAGUAACCAUGAGUAACUCGUUCACAUCAGUAUGACAUCAACGUCCCUCUCUCUCAUGGAAAGCCUUUAAUUUUCCCCUCCUUAAUCUUUGACGGAAAAUUUCUCACUCGUUUUAAGUCGAAAUUUAAUUCUUUUUGCACAGUUAGAUCAGAUUAAUUGUGCUCUUCAAAAUGAUAUCCACUUUGAUAUAUUUUUCGAACAAAAAAAAUUGGGCCAUUUUUUACCAGUCUAUACCAUAUGGUAUUGACUGGUGUUGAAAUAAGAGCAUACCUAUGGUUUGAAAAGCGUACCAUGGUGGUAUUAACAAACCAAAACUAUAGGAUGAUUGAAUACAUAAAAGUAGAAGUAUAUUAACUGUCAUUUACGACUUUUAACUGUCAUGUAAUUUGUUCACCCAGAAAUUUGUAGAUCCAAUAGAUCAUGAUGAACUCGUUCUUUCUGUGCAAACGUUUUCAAAAACGAAGAAGAUACCAUAUGGUAUGCAGUUGGUACCGAGAGGCAUGAAAAUUUUUUUUCUAAAAAAAUAUUGAAAAUGGAUCUCAUUUUGUAGAGCACAACGAACUCGUUUCAUCUGUAAAAAAAAAAAAUUAAAAAAUAAAAUAAAAUCCAAGUUAAAUCGAAGAAGCUAUGAGCCGAUUAAAAAAGCUAAGAAAAAAUAAAUAUAACCUUUAAUUUUCUAUCUUUAGAUCUGGAUUUUCUAAAUGAAGGGUUCAAAUUUAGUUAUUAAUGAGUCCAGAUUUAUCUUGAGCCUGAUCCACUAACAAAAGAUGGCCAAUAUAGAGGAAAAUCGGUCGUCUUUUGUCACAGUGGAUCAGGCUCAAGAUCAGGGCAGAGUCAACCCUCCAAGUGCUUUCUAAUAUGCCUCCCUUCCUCUGCGGUGGUCGCUCUCGUCGGCGUUAGGAUGCAUCUCUCAUUAGCGUGGUUCCAGCUCAUUUGCAGAUAUCGCUCCCUGUGUUGCAGAGUAGAUGAUUUUCUUUUCCUCUGGUUAUGGGGAAGGAGAUUUUGAUAUCAUGCCUCUGUUUUUCUCUCCCUGUUUGUUCCCUUUUUGCUUGUUUCGUAUUCUUCCUAGCUUAGUUUUUGUUGUCUUAGGUCCGUUCUUUCCGAGCUGGUGCUUUUCCAGUCUUGUCUCCUUUCUGCUUUUGUACCCUUUGUCGUUCCAGUCUUUAUACUGGUGUUUCUUUAAUUUAAUAUAUAUCAUCCUUAUUAAAAAAAACAAAAAAAGACGGCCGAUACUUUCCAAGUAAGUUUCCAUUGAUUUAGUUUCUCCACGGCGGAUCCUUUCAAUAAGUUUCGACGAAUGGAAUGAGAAUUAAACUCUUCACGCUGGGAGACAAGCUCUUGUGAAAUCAAAGGAUCGUCGAUUAUCACUUAUUAGCUUGCCGUACGUCUCAUUCUGAUAACUCUGCCGUCGUCCAGCGAAUAGAAAACCAAAACCAAAGGCAAAUAAAAAUGGUUAGAAUUCCCAAGAGAAAGUAGAGGAAGCCAAUCCGACUAUUUACAAUGCUAGCUUUUCUUCAAGCUCUUAUCUGUAACUCCAAAUCAAAUUGGUAGUCCAACCGAGUGAUCCACCGUCGGUAAAUACGGCUGAUCCUCUGAAUAAUUAAGCUUCCCCCAAGCUGGAUUUCUCCCUCUUGCACUAUCUAUAAUUAAGUAGCUUAAUUUUCACGUUGAACAUCACACAUACACAAUACAAAAGACACUGGUUUUUAAUUAUUUUCUAGCUAGCAAUGAAGCGAGUAAUGCCUCUUCAGCCGGGCGCAGUACUGAUCACCGCAAUGGUAUUGACAACAUUAAUCCUUGUCAUGAUGAUUAUGUCGCCGCUGCCGAUCCCAGUCGCCGCCGAAUCGGACGAUCAUAGAUGUACGUGCAAACGUUACAGUAGAUGCGAUGGCUGUGAUACAGAUCGCUGCUGUAGUCCGUCUGGCUACUGCGGAUCUGGCCGGGGUUACUGUCGGCCUUGUAAUUGUCCGACCAAAGGUUGCUGUGAUCCUCCUCCUCAUGGCGAAAAGCAGCUCCCAGCAUUUUACGAAAAUGCCAUGCAUGCUGCUGUUGUUGAUCUUCGUCAUAACGCUACUACUGUUGAAGAUUGAACUGGAGGAUCAAACUUAAUAAGGAGCUGUUGCAGAAGGAGGAGCUGCUGAUGAUGAAGGAAUGCUUUGGCGCCAAAGUUGAUUUGAGUUCGGAUUAGUUUAAUAAACUGUGUCGUUUCGGACAAUUACGUUUUAAGUCCUGGUGUCUUUAAAGUGUGUCAUGUGAGUCCUACGCAUGAAGUGAUUAAAACCUUUCAUGAAGGUUGGCGGUUUCUUGACUCGGGCUGCAACAAUCACAUGACCAGGCAACAAAUGCAGGUUUAUUGAUCUGGCUGCUACUAGAACUGGAUCUGUCAAGUUGGGAAAUUUUACAAAGCUGGAAGUACAUGGUAAGGGUACCAUCAAGGCGAAGACAGACCUGCAGACUCUACAUAUUCAGGACACCUUGUUUACCUAGUCUACAAAAAAAAUCUGCUUAGUGUAAACCAUUUAUAGGAGAGGGACUAUAGUUCCUAAUCAAAAGAAAUUCUUGCAAUGUCUUCCAUGAGUUCAAAGGAUUAUUAAUGCAGUUGCACAAGAAGACAAACAAGAUGUUUUAUCUUACACAAUGAGAAGCCCGAAGCAACAAGGAAAGGAGACAUUUAGUGGUUUCAAAUCACAGACAAUGAUAACAACACACUGAAUCCAUGGCAUAGGAGGUUUGGUCACCUCAAUUGUCAAGGACUAAUUGGACUUUUAUGGACAGUGCCCGGUAUGAAAAGAGGGUAACAAAUUAAAUAUUGUUCGUAUGUUUUAAUAAUGAACAGUAAAAGAU